ACCUAUCCGCGCAACAAGCUAACAGCCCUCCCCGGUACCCCAACUUGCCAAAACCAUCCGAUCGUUUCCUGUUUCCAGUUUCCCGCUUCCGUCAUUUCCCGAGGUAGCCGACUUGACGAAAAGCCCGGUCGCCUUAGCCACCAAAUUUGACAGUGGGGGCUCUGUGAAGAAGAGAUCUGUGCGGGAGCACCAGCCAUCUUAUCAACUCAGAGACGAAGCUCAAGCCACAGACAUCGGGAGAACACCGGGACAUCAUUAUGCUCCACUCGCUGUCCCGGCGUCAUCGGAAGCACCCGUCGAUUCGACAUUGACGAAGAGCUCCAGCGUCACCCAAUCACGCGACAUCCAUCACAUCGCCACCAAAAAUAACGAUCCUGGAGCAAUAACAGGCACACUACUUCUCCACUUAAAAAGUCGUUGCAUCGAAAGAUCUCAUCUCGAAACCGCUUGACAACCCAGCCAACAGCCAAAGCUGCCCCCGUCGCAAGAGAUCCAAUGCGUUUCCCGUCGCAAACCCCUACAACUCCCUCCGAACCGACACAGACGAACAUAGAAAGAAACACCGCUGCAACCCUACUCCCCGGAAUCUGCAUUUAGCCCGCCGGUUCCGUGCAUCAUUAGGGUCCUUUCUUUGUCCAUCACCUCGCCCAGGCGGCCAGUCGAGGGGAACGAACGCCUCCCUUGCAGACAGAUAUAAGACACCAACAUCUCCAAGACCAGUCGCGUCUCUAGGUCUCGCCUGCUUCGAUUUCUUCGUCUUCCGUCCCCUCCUCUUCCGCUAUCGACUACGAGAAGCACGCAAUGCCAGACCCCAACAACGACGCCGCCGCGCCCGAGACGUGCCCCGUCGACCAUAAGGCCCGCGAGGCCUGGCUGCAGCACGCCCGUGCCGCGAACCCGGCCGAGGCGCAUCCUCACCCGCCACAACCCGUCGUCUCUUCCGUCGACAUCCCGCCAACGCAGUCGCAGUCCUGGACCCAGUCCCUGCUAUCACUGACUCCCUUCUCGUCGUCGUCGUCGUCUUCUCCUGUUUCAAACACCACAUCGACAACACCAUCCGCGUCGUCCGCCUCCAACACCGCCGAGGCCUGUCCUGUUGAUCACAAGUCCCGUGAAGCAUGGCUCGCCCAGGCCCGCGCUGCAAGCGCCGCAGCAAACCCUCACGUACAACCCGCUGACCAACAAACUCCUUCUAAACCCCUCGACCAGGCGCCAUCACAGCCCUCACGAUCCUGGACCCAGUCCCUCAAGUCAUACAUCCCAUUCGCCUCCCCUUCCUCCUCCGCAGCACAAGAUGCGCCGAACCCUGCGCGCUCACCGACCACGAAAUCGGGCCUCGACACCGAGCGCGAGGUCUCGACGAUCCCCCGGACGGCAACCUCGGCGUACCCGGGCGACAGCCGGCCCUCGAAUCACGAGCAGGAGACGGGCGCCGACGAGGCGACGGGCAACUGGAUUUACCCUUCUCAAAAGAUGUUCUUCGACGCCAUGAAGCGCAAGGGUCACGAUACGCGCGCUGCCGACAUGGCGACCGUCGUGCCCAUCCACAACGCUGUGAACGAGAGGGCCUGGAAGGAGAUUAAAGAGUGGGAGCAGCCCUAUCUCGAGGGCACUGCCUGCGACGGCCCCAAGCUCCACUCGUUCCUCGGGCUCAGCACAAACAUGUCUCCCAAGGCGCGCAUCAACACGCUGCUGGGCUACACGCCGCCCUUCGAUCGCCACGACUGGAUCGUCGACCGCUGUGGUGUGCAGGUUGAGUACGUCAUCGACUUCUACGCCGGUCGGCCGGAUGCCCACGGCAAGCCGAGUUUCUACCUCGACGUGCGUCCGAAGCUGAACAGCUGGGAGGGCGUCAAGAUGCGCGCGCUUCGGGGUGUGGGGCUGUCUUGAGCAUGGAUCGCAAGGCGAGGGGCUCCCGUGAAAGAGGAAGAUGAAAAUGUACAAAUAAUGUAUGAGUGUUGUUUGGUAUAGUAUCUGUACACAUGUGACAGCAUUGGGACCGGCGUAGCUUACCUCAUGGAGGAGGGAUACCUUUGAAAGAGACUGAUCUCUGUUUUGGAGAGGCAGGUCGUGUUGGCUUCCGUCUCAGGGAGGAACCGCAUCCCACUCAAUUGAUUUCGAGAAUUUCUUACUCUAGACAUGCCCAAAUGGAGAUUGCCAUUGUCGAAGGGACGAGGAUGCCUU